CCUUGCCCCACCGCGCUGCGCUGCGCCCGGCUCGCGCUGCGCCCGCCGCUCCGCUUCCCACACCCAGCCUGGGACUGGCAGUCGCCGCCGGACAUCAGCCGCCACAGGCUCCGCCGCUGACCCGAACGACCCCAGGGCGAGCGCCUCCGGGAUUACUGGGGUCUCCGAGGCACCCACGCGCCCCAGACUCCGCUCGGGCUGGAGCGCCCGGCCGUGCGCGCCACUGCGCCGUGGCCUCGGUUCCCCGGGCCGCGCCAGGACUGAGGACCCGCGCGCAGAGCGCGGGGGAGUCGGGAGCCGAGGCUGAGCGCGGGGAUGCCGGUGACCUCCUGCCGGAGCUCGGGGGCCUGGGACGCCCCGGCCGAGGUGUGAUCGGACCCCAGGCUGGUCACAGAGGUUCCAGCAGCUUGGCCCGGAGGCUAGGAGAGCAAGGAGAGAGCGGGGCCACCCGCCUCGGCGACCCGGUCCUCGGCUCGACUCGCCGGAGAAUGCGCCGGAGAACGACGGAGCGCCGGAACAGCGGUGGUUUCGACUGGCUAGCGCUAAUGGGGGUGCGCUGGAGUAAGGCAGAGUGAUGCGGGGGGGCAACUCGCCCGGCACCGAGAUCGCCGCUGCGCCCUUCCCCGGACCCGGCGUCGCCCAGGAUGGCUGCCCCGAGCCAUGGGCCGCGGCGGAGCUAGCGCGGAGCGCCCGACCCUCGCCCCCCGAAUCCCGGAGCCGGUCCCGCGCGGGGCCACGCGUCCCGCGGGCUCUGGUUCCUAAGGACAACGACAGCACCAGCUUUUCUUUUCUCCCUUCCCUUCCCUGCCCCGCACUCCUCCCCCUGCUCGCUGUUGUUGUGUGUCAGCACUUGGCUGGAGACUCCUUGAACUUGCAGGGAGAAUAACUUGCGCUCCCCUACUUCGUGCCGGUGCCUUUGCCCUAGCGGACCCAGCCUCGCCGCCUCCGAACCCCACCGGCCCUCCACUCCUUCGCUGGGCCCAACCCCGAGACGCGGUUCCCUGCGUGAGGAGAGGGACUGCCCAGACGGCACCCGGGAGGAGAAGAAGGAAAAAGAAGGGAACUCGGUCCCUGCGCCAGGUCCUCCGGCCAGAGCUUUUUCCAUGUGGAGGCUCUUUCAAUGGACGUGUCCCCGCGUGCUUCUUAGACGGUCUGCGGUCUCCUAAAGGAAUUCGAGGGGGCAGUACCUCAGUGCCACCUUGUACUAACAUGUCGACCAUGGUGGCCGGGACCCGCUGUCUUCUAGCGUUGCUGCUUCCCCAGGUCCUCCUGGGCGGCGCGGCCGGCCUCAUUCCGGAGCUGGGCCGGAGGAAGUUCGCAGCGUCAACUGGCCGCUCCUCAUCCCAGCCCUCGGACGACGUCCUGAGCGAGUUCGAGUUGCGGCUGCUCAGCAUGUUCGGCCUGAAGCAGAGACCCACCCCCAGCAGGGACGCCGUGGUGCCCCCCUAUAUGCUGGACCUGUACCGCCGGCACUCGGGCCAGCCGGGCGCGCCGGCCCCGGACCACCGGCUGGAGAGGGCAGCCAGCCUCGCCAACACCGUACGCAGCUUCCACCACGAAGAAUCUUUGGAAGAACUGCCAGAAAUGAGUGGAAAAACAACCCGGCGAUUCUUCUUUAAUUUAACUUCUAUCCCCACCGAGGAGUUUAUCACCUCAGCAGAACUUCAGGUUUUUCGGGAACAGAUGCAGGAAAAUUUGGAAAACAAUAGCAGUUUCCAUCACCGAAUUAAUAUUUAUGAAAUUUUAAAACCUGCAACAGCCAACUCGAAGUUCCCCGUGACCAGACUUUUGGACACCAGGUUGGUGAACCAGAAUGCAAGCAGGUGGGAGAGUUUCGACGUCACCCCUGCUGUGAUGAGGUGGACUGCACAGGGCCUCGCCAACCACGGAUUUGUGGUGGAAGUGGCCCACUUAGAGGAGAACCAAGGUGUCUCCAAGAGACACGUUAGGAUUAGCAGGUCUUUGCACCAAGACGAGCACAGCUGGUCACAGAUAAGGCCAUUGCUAGUGACUUUUGGCCAUGAUGGAAAAGGACAUCCUCUCCACAAAAGAGAAAAGCGUCAAGCGAAACAUAAACAGCGCAAACGCCUUAAGUCCAGCUGUAAGAGACACCCUUUGUACGUGGACUUCAGCGACGUGGGGUGGAAUGACUGGAUCGUAGCCCCCCCAGGGUAUCAUGCAUUUUACUGCCACGGGGAAUGCCCUUUCCCCCUGGCCGAUCACCUGAACUCCACUAAUCACGCCAUUGUGCAGACGUUGGUCAACUCAGUUAACUCUAAGAUUCCUAAGGCGUGCUGUGUCCCAACAGAACUGAGUGCUAUCUCCAUGCUGUACCUUGACGAAAAUGAAAAGGUUGUAUUAAAGAACUAUCAGGACAUGGUUGUGGAGGGUUGCGGGUGUCGUUAGCACAACAAAAUAAAAUAAAAAUAAAAUAUAUAUAUAUAUAUAUUUUAGAAAAAAAAACAACAAAAAAACCCAAGUUGACACUUUAAUAUUUCCCAAUGAAGACUUUAUUUAUGGAAUGCAAUGGAGAAAAAAAAAACACAACUAUUUUGCAAAUAUAUUUAUAUCUACGAAAAGAAGUUGGGAAAACAAAUAUUUUAAUCAGAGAAUUAUUCCUUAAAGAUUUUAAAAUGUAUUUAGUUGUACAUUUUAUAUGGGUUCAACCCCAGCACAUGAAGUAUAAUGGUCAGAUUUAUUUUGUAUUUAUUUACUAUUAUAACCACUUUUUAGGAAAAAAAUAGCUAAUUUGUAUUUAUAUGUAAUCAAAAGAAGUAUUGGGUUUGUACAUAAUUUUCCAAAAAUUGUAGUUUUCAGUUGUGUGUAUUUAAGAUGAAAAGUCUACAUGGAAGGUUACUCUGGCAAAGUGCUUAGCACAUUUGCUUUUUUGCAGUGCUACUGUUAAGGUCACAAGUUCAAGUCCAGAAAAAAAAAAAGUGGAUAAUCCACUCUGCUGACUUUCAAGAUUAUUAUAUUAUUCAAUUCUCAGGAAUGUUGCAGAGUGGUUGUCCAAUCCAUGAGAACUUAAGUCCUUAUUAGGUGGAAUAUUUGGAUAAGAACCAGACAUUGCUGAUCUAAUAUAGAAACCCUCCCCCCACCCCUUAAUUUGCAGAAAGAAUAAAGCAGGACCAAUAGAAAUAAUUAGAAAAAUGAUGAAGCUGCAGGAAAGUGAAUGAUGGUUUGUUGUUCUUCUUUCCUAAAUUAGUGAUCCCUUCAAAGGGGCUGGUCUGGCCAAAGUAUUAAAUAAAACGUAAGAUUUCAUUAUCGAUAUUGUGGUCAUGUAUAAUUAAAACUGUAUGUAGUGGCCCUCAUGAAGAGUUGGAAAUUGAUUUGUAUUUAACUUUUACCUCAUUUGGGAGCUCUUUAUGAUCAGAAGGACCCAUUUUCUAACUUUGCCCAACUCCCAGCAAAAUUUGCCAAUCAUGUGUUCUGCCUGCCCCGUUCUCUGUUCCAUCAGCUUGCUUUUCUUUCCAAGGUUGUGUGUUUGAACACAUUUCUCCAAAUGUUAAACUUAUUUCAGAUAAUAAAUAUCAAAGCUCUGGCAUUUCAAUCUAUAAAGUCCAACCUGUAAGAGAAAAUGAUGCGUUUGUAUAACGUUCACAGUGAUUACCUUGGGUUUGCAUGUUUUUGCUUCUGAGGUUACUCAUUUUCCAGGGAGGUGGGAAAAGGGCAAGGAAUGGUUGGAAAUUUGCAAGCAAGUCAUUUGAUAAUUCAUAUCUGCACCACAGGAAUUACCAAUGAUUUAGUAUUUCACAUGAACCUCUUCAGGGCAGAAUGAUUUAAGAGAAAACCAAAGCUACAAAACAGGCAAAACCUGGGGAACCCAAGAUAAAGUUUCAGAGAUGAUAUCCCAUGCAACGGAGGCAAUGGUGCCAAAAAAAUUAGAAAGGGAAAGUGUCUGAGAUCAGCUUCUGCAAGGACAUCUGCCAAUUGGACUGAAGCCCAAGCACAAUGAACUCAAAUUAGGCUGCUCAGAAUGAACACUUAACAGUGGCAGGGCUUCUGUGCUCUGGGCUGAAAUCAGACCCAAGGAAGGGUUUGGUGGGCAGGUAUGUUGGGAACCCACAUCUCCCCACUAUUUUAAUGGAAGUAUUUUAGGUCCAUUUCUAGGACUUGGUGUCACCUCCGAUCCUUCUAUUGACUGGUGAGGCCUAGUUCUAAUCUCCUUUCCUAGCCCUGCCUUCAAAUUGGCUGAAAAAAAAAAUAGUGUUUGUAAUGGAACAGACUGUUAGACUCAGAUUCUUCCAAAAAUAAACUUAGGAUGACCAUAAAUGUAAUUAACAUUUUGGGGGUGAUAGGUUGAAACUUGCCUUGGGAUUAUGUAGAUCCUCUUUUCCAAUGAAUAACUAGUUACCUUUUAGUCCUUCUAUUUUUGCAAUCUUAGAGUUUGUUUUUAUCCCUAUCCCUAUGGCCCUUGCAUUGGUGAGGGCCAUUAGGAUCAGACCCCACUCGGUAGGGCACAUCAGCUCUGUCCUCUAGCCAUUAUUCACCUGCUCUUGCUAUGAAUAUGAGGAACAGACGACACAAUCUUACCAUCUUAAAAAAAAUAAUGACCCAUGUUUUCUCACCUGCAAAUACUCUAUAGAGAGUAAGGAUAGCACAAGAAUUUCCAUCCAUUUGGCAGUUCCAUCAGUUCUUUUGAUAUCUCUGCUUCAUUGGUAAUGAUUUUCUUGGUUAAAAUGGUUUUCAAUGGUAUCAACUCAAAUGUGUUCUUGUGCAUGUUUUUUUCUAAUAUAUAUAUAUAUAUAUAUGUAAGUAUCUAUACACAAAUAUAUGUGUAAACAUAUACACAUAUACAAUAUGUAAUAUGUAUAAAUAUACAUAUGAAGAAUUAUGUAAUAUAUAUUACAUAUGUAUAGAUGAUGGCAUUUUCAGUUUCAGUUUAAUUGCAGAGGUUUUGUAAGAGCUGACCCUCUUGGCAGCUCACUGGAGAAACAGAAUAUUCUUACAUUCUACAUUUUCACAGACAUUUUGGCUCACGUUCUUCAUUAUGAGAAAAAAACAUGUCACAACCCCAUGACACUGAAUCGCUUGUAUCUCCAGUCACUAUUCUGUCGGAACCUUUGAAUCCUUUUAGAGGUCACACUUUAAAAAGUGCAGUAGUUUCUAAAUUUUGAGGGAUCGCCUUUCGAAAUUGAUUAA